AUGAUCCCAGCAGGCGCAAGACCUCCUCAACAUACUGUCCCAGGAUACCAACGUCGCCGAGGUCCUCCCGGUCUGCCGCCGGGUCCUCCACGUCAACCAUCUGGUCUUACGCGGUUGAAUAAGCCAAUAUUGCGCGACGUGCCAAAGAGAAUUGCUGAGCUUGUGCCGAAUGUGGAAGAGUACAACAGUCUACGCGAUGUUGAGCGACGGCUCGACGCGGUGAUGAUGCGCAAGAGGGGCGAUCUGGGAGAAGCCAUUGACAUUCCACGAAGGACCAAGCAAACACUCCGUAUCUUCAUUUCAAAUACUGCCUCAGACCAGCCAUGGCAGGCCACCGACCAACUCGAUACAAACGCGUUCGAUUUCGAGACCGGUGCUAUCCCGUCCUGGACCCUGAAGAUCGAAGGCAGAGUAUUGGAAGACGAUUCGAAAAAAUUCUCGGAUGUCGUCAGAAGUGUCGUGGUGGACAUUGAGCGAAGUCGGGACUUGUAUCCUGACGGGAAUGUCGUUGAGUGGCAGCAAAACCCCAACCCUGCACAGCGCGGCCCAGCUUUCGACGCCCUUGAAAUCAAGCGCAAAGGCGAUACCGACUGUCCCGUACGCAUCCACAUCCACCCCCUCCUCCUCGCCGAGAAGUAUAAGAUUCACCCAUCUCUUGCCAAUGUUAUUGACAUGCGGGAGGGCAACAUGCCUGAGAUUGUCAUGGCCCUCUGGCGCUACGCGAAAUACCAUAAUCUCCAAGACCCGGAAGAGUUGAGAAUGAUCAAUUGCGAUAUGGUGUUGAAGCAUCUCUUUGGCGUGGACAGGAUUGCAUUCGCGGACCUGACGCAGGCGUUAAGGCCCUUGACAAAUUGUCCUGCUGACCCUAUUACGUUGACAUAUACUGUCAAGGUGGAUCAGGAGACGACCAUGGCUCCCACGGCCUUCGACAUCGAGAUUGAGACCUACGAUAAUGAGUCUACGAAGGAGAUUGCCAGCCUCUUGUCUGCUCUUUCUACCCCAGAUCCCAAGAUCCUCGAACUUGACGACAGAAUCUCCGUUCUCAUUGGCGCUUUGGAUGCUAAUCGUCUUAAGCGUCAGUUUUUCCUUGAGUUCUCCAAGGACCCCACGAACUACCUCAAACGAUGGAUUGAUGCGCAAUCACGUGAUCUUGAGGUGGUCCUUGGUGACCGUGCUGUUGAUGAGGAGGAGAGUCGGAAAUCCGACUUUUAUCAGAAGGAAUGGAUGGAUGAGAGUGUGUGGCAUUACCUUGCGGCACAGACGCAGAAAAAGGUACAGGAGAUUUUGGCAGCGCAGCAGACAAUGAGUGCACCACCGGCGGGUGGAAGAAGAUAG